AUGGAUCCGAGAAUCGCCUGGUUUCAACCAGAACAACGUGGACCUGCUAACAACCUGUGGAUGCAGAUUUGGGAGACGACACAAGGGCUCGGGUAUUUACACGUAAAUAACGGCUACACCACUGGAUCUCAGAAUACGUCUAGCUUGAAAGCGAUCGUCAACGGGGCGUCGGGAGCCGUUCUCGCCCGCAGAAACGGGGCACUUGACUCGAACACCGGCAGCAGUGACGCUAGGACUCAGGGGAUGUCGACCUCAAUGGGGGACGGUAAAAUAACGGCACAGCGGGACUUUAUACCACUGGAAACUAAUAGCAACCACAACAACCGAGCCGGUGGCAGGGGCGGUGUUGGUGAAGGGGGCCAGCAGCAGGGCAGCGGGGUCGCUGUGCCUUGUAGGGGGCUGACGGAUGGACACCCCAACAAAAGGAAAAGAGACAACAAAGCUAGCACUUAUGGAUUCAAUUCCAGCUCCAACACAGGACGCUAUGAUGGCUUCACGGGCACGCCGUGGAAAGUCAGGAACUACUCAGAAGGAAUUGUAGGGUUACACGAGGAGGUCAAUGACUUCUAUGACUACAUCUCCCCACGGCCGGAGGAGGAGAAAAUGAGAAUGGAGGUGGUGGACAGAAUCAAGGGAGUCAUCCACGACCUGUGGCCCAGUGCUGAGGUCCAAGUGUUUGGGAGUUUCAGCACUGGUCUUUAUUUGCCAACAAGUGACAUUGACUUGGUAGUUUUUGGGAAGUGGGAGACCCUCCCACUCUGGACUCUGGAAGAAGCUCUCCGGAAGAGGAAUGUCGCAGAUGAGAACUCCAUCAAGGUUUUGGACAAGGCUACGGUUCCCAUCAUCAAACUGACGGACUCCUUCACUGAGGUCAAAGUGGACAUCAGCUUCAACGUGAAGAGUGGCGUAAAAGCCGCCCGGCUCAUUAAGGAAUUCAAAGAGAAAUACCCUGUACUGCCUUACCUAUUCCUGGUGCUAAAGCAGUUCCUACUGCAGAGGGACCUCAAUGAGGUUUUUACUGGUGGAAUUGGCUCCUACAGUCUCUUCCUCAUGGCUGUCAGCUUCCUGCAGCUUCACUACAGGGACGAUGUGUGCAGUCCCAACAUCAACAUCGGUGUUCUGCUCAUUGAAUUCUUUGAGCUCUACGGUCGCCACUUCAACUAUCUGAAAACGGGUAUCAGGAUAAAAGAUGGAGGUUGCUACGUUGCCAAAGAUGAGGUUCAGAGGAACAUGAUGGAUGGCUACAGGCCCUCCAUGCUCUACAUUGAGGACCCGCUGCAGCCAGAUAACGAUGUAGGUCGGAGUUCAUACGGUGCCAUGCAGGUGAAGCAGGCGUUUGACUACGCCUACGUGGUGCUCAGCCACGCUGUGUCGCCCAUCGCCAAGUACUAUCCCAAUAACGAGACCGAGAGCAUUCUUGGCCGAAUAAUCCGGGUAACACAGGAAGUGGAUGAGUACAGGGAAUGGAUCCGAAAGAACUGGGGGAGCCCGUCUCAGAAUGAUCCGCCACUCAACAGAAAUGACGUCACACUGUUUGAGUCCCAGCAGCUUGAUGAGUGCAACAACAACGUUCCAGACGAUGAUGAUGAUGUAGUAGUUCUACCGUCGGCUCCCCGCAGCAAAACCUCCUCCAAUUCCUCCUCUCCGUCCCCUUCGCUGCGCUCCUCUCCCUCCUCCUCUCCACUGUCGCCUUCUUCCACGUCCUCAACCUCCAGCUCCAGCGAUGCGGACUCUGAUGGCACGCCGUGCAAGACAGCCAAGCAGCAGUCUGGCCGGGGCUCCAGCGCCCACAGAGAAAAGAAGUCCGCUGUCGUCAAUAAUAACCGAACACAGGGCCACACUAACAGCACUCCAUCUGGAAGCAACAAGGGAGGAAAGGCCAAGCUGUCUUGUUCUCAUAAGGGCGGCCACCAAGGGCAGCCGAGCUCCUCCAGCAGCACCAAAAGUCAUCAGAGCAACAAGCCACACCACCAGGGCAACAGCAAGAAGAGGAAAAAUGUGCGAGACUCCACACAAGAAGACCUCUGCAGAUAGGGGUGACCUCAACUGCCCCCCCCUCCCUGUCCUUGUCUGCAACUGACUGACUGUCCUGUCCCACUUCUGCUGCCAGACUCCGGCCUCGGGAGGUUUUUAGAAGUGCAAAAGCAUCUACAGGACCUGUCUCUCUGUCGAGCCUUUCAGGGUGACAAAGCAACAAUUUCUAGCAGGAAAAAAAAAGAACAAAAAAAAAAAGAAUUGUUAUAGGAAAUGGGGUUUAAUUUAUUGGACCUGAACUGAAAUCACAAAGGAUAUAUGCUCAUUUGCUUCCCAGUAGCUUCUUUUACGGAGCGUUUUGCUUCCCACAGCCAGCACCUACAACAACAUGCCUCUUGCGCCUCCUGCUGUACAGGAAUAGACAUGUCGGGUGUCUGGAAUCUACUCUGGAGCAAUACCUGGAACUGCUGGCUGGAAAAUAAGAUGAACAUUUUUAUCAAAAAAAAAAAAAAAAAAAAACAUUUAAAAAAAGGAAGAAAAAAAGCUAAUGGCUGAAAAAUGUACACAAAUGUCAUGUUGAAAAACAGACAAACAUUUACACAGAUUUUAUUAAGAUGGUAACUUACAAAUGCAAUCAGUAAGAGUGGGACAUAACUUAUGCAUGAGAAUUUUUUUGUUGGUUGAUUUUUCUGUUGGAUUAAUCUGUUUUGUUAUGUCUAAACAGGUUAUACAAAGAUUUGUACAAAAAGGCAUAAGCAAAAAAAACAAAAAAAGGUUAAAAAAAACCCCCGAAAAUACAAGAACAAAAUGUUUCAUAUUACUUUUUUUACAAAAUAUACCGAUCGAAGACAUGUAAACGUGCACAUCUUGUGCCCUCAGAUUUUUGGCCAAAGCCAAGAGCUGGUUUGGGUCCCAUUGCCAACAUAAAUCAUCAGCAUCUACUUUUACUUCUGGUUGCUCUCUGUGAGUGUGCUACAGUGUUAACAUUUAGCCUUUAGUGAGCCAAUGCUCACAUACAACCCUAUAGAGCUAUAGAGCUCAAUAGCACAGCCACAUCAGUGUAGAGGCUAUAAGACAACAGGUUUAAAUGAAUAAGGGGUGGUUUUAUCGAGAAAUCCUACACUUGAAAAAAAAAAAUGUGUUAACAAUACAACUGUGGGUGAUAAUAUGUUUCUUUAGUAAUUUACCCACGGCAAAAUCAUUUGUAUUUGUUAAAUGUAUUUAUUUUUUUAUUAAUUAUAUGAACAUAGAUGGAUAAAUGUAUUAUUAACAUUAGAGCCCAUAUCUUUGAGUCCUAUAUUUGAAGUAGGAUAAGUUGUGGGGAGGAUGGGGUUGGAACAGUUUUAUUCAAGUACAGUAAAAUUACCACCUUUUAUUAUUAUUUUUUUUUCAGUGUCAGUUGAGUGACCAAGUUACUUUGAGAGACCAUUUUACUAGGCCUACAGUGAGAAUGAUAUGUGGCUGGUCUACUUACUUUAAAAGGGAGCUACUUUUUUUUAUUUUAUAAACUAUCAUAGCAACAAAUACUUGUUUAUUAUGUCAACCCCCGUUGUCAUUGCAGUACAACCACCAACCUGUAGAUGGAGGCGUUGCUCUUAGUCUGAAUCCACAGAGUGUGGGGCUUGUAUACUGCAUUUGGAUGGUUCGUCUCUGCGUUAUUUUUGCGAUUGGCUGACCAAUAUUCUGAUAUUUCAACUGAAUGAGCAGCUGCACAUAGAAAACCUGUUGAGCUGAGUGCUUGCUAGAGGGAGUAACAAACCAAAGCACACACCACGAUCCUCUUAUUGUCGCUCUCCCAAAAUGUGACAACAAUCACCCACAGUAAAACGAAACAAGCAGCCAGCAAUAACAACCACCUUUCAUGAUAUAUUAUUACUCCACAGUGGCAGCUGCAGCCACAGAAUGGCAUGCUCACCGCUGUGAACAGUGAAGCACAUUUGAUAAGUACAUGCACUAACUUACAGCCAAUUAUAUUAGGUGUUGAAACGUUGAAAGUACGGUUACUUGCCCCCCCCUCCCCCAAUCCCUCCGUGCUACAGUUGCGGUUUAAAUGCAGUAUUUAGCCUAAGCGCUGGUUUUGUGGUAGACGGACAAGGAGGAAGGUGAAUGAAGUUAGCCGUGCCAUCUGAAUGUCCACUGACCCAUCUGUCUUCACUGCGGGAAGGCUUCAAACCCAACUGUACUCCUCUGAAACGUUGUUUCUCUCUGCAGCUAUUACAAUCCUGCAAUAAAAAACCAGUACAACUAAA